GAUGUCACGAAUAUUUGCCGCCCAGCCGAUGUGCUCAGCCCGCCAAAGCCAGUUUUCGUUGAUCUCCCAGAGCUCAUGAGCCCAUUGUUCCGUUUCUCGGGCUAGACAAGCGAUUUAUUUCCGCCGAUUUGUCGUGAUUAGCUUCGGGAAUUACUCGACAUCCAGGGGAGACGGAAAUUAUCGGGGUUUUUGGUCAAAUAUUGGUGUUUGGUUGGCGUUUCGAGGGAUUUUUCACUUUUGAGGGUUCAUUCGGCCGAGAAAAUGGCUAAGGUGCAGCUGGCCAAUGUCGCGGUGCUCGAUAACCCGUCGCCUUUUCUCAAUCCCUUCCAGUUUGAGGUGACCUUCGAGUGCAUCGAGGAGCUCAAAGAAGAUCUAGAGUGGAAGAUGAUCUACGUGGGGAGCGCAGAGUCUGAAGAGUUUGAUCAGAUCUUGGACACCAUCUACGUGGGACCUAUCCCUGAGGGACGACACAUGUUUGUUUUCCAGGCUGAUCCCCCCGACGUGAGUCGUAUCCCAGUGAACGACGCCCUAGGCGUAACAGUGGUCCUCCUGACGUGCUCCUACAGAGGAAACGAGUUCGUCCGAGUCGGUUACUUCAUAAACAACGAGUACACAGACCCCGAGUUACGUGAGAAUCCCCCAGCCCAGCCCCAAUUCGACAAAGUCCAACGAAAUAUCCUCGGAGACAAGCCCAGAGUGACGAGAUUCAAGAUCAACUGGGACGAUGGUGUCGGCUCCACAACAAAUGGCAGCCAGGACGCCAUGGAGGACCACACAAUGGGUGACAGCACACAGGAGGCGUCAUCCUCGAAGCUAGGCUUUAGUGAAAAUACUCAAAACAGUAUGGAGGUCAUGUGAAACAAGAUUAACCACUCCUCUCGUCAUCUCCGGUGGACUAGACACUAUUUAAAAAUAAUUAUCCCGAUUAUCGAGGGACUCGAAAUAUUUAAAUACCAUUUUUGUUCAUUUUUUCUCUCGUUUCAUUCAUCAGAGUGAGCUAGUAUAUUCUGGUGUUCAUUAUUAAUUUCUAUCACCCCCUUUUUUCGUUGUUUUUUAGGACAAUUUUCCCCUGAUGUUCUCGUACAUUCUUCCCAACGGUUUUUGCCACUGAUAUUCGGCCACUAUUACUGGAAAUUCAGUGUAUGAAAGGAAUUUAAAAAUAAAGUGUUUGUAUAUUUUUUAGAAUAACGUGAGUGUUAAUUGAGAGAUAGUCGAUUAUUGCUGCUGGAAAGUGUCUCAAUGCAUUUUUCGAUAAGUUCAUUAAAAUAUUUUACUGAUUAGUUAUGGGUAAUUGUGACAGACUGCAUUUGAAUGUGAAAAUGGAGAAGUUGUGGAUUCAUUGUAGAGAGAUAAUUCGCCGUGUAAAUACACAUAAAAUAUGAUUAUCUUAAUGGAGGGAAUUAUAUAACACUUUUCUACGUAAAACAGGAA